CGUGAGGCCAUUCAUCAAAAAAAUCAAAACUAAAACUACGAUGACUUUCACGUUGUUGCAUGGCAGCAACGGGCUGGGGAGUGCCAAAGGCGUUCCGUAUUUGCGGCUCCUGGCAACUUCACUCUGGUGUUGGUGGUCGUCGCCUGGAUCGCGCCAUGACAAUUUUGCAACAGUUUCUGCCGGCAACGACCAAGGAUCGCUAUUCCGGUUCUGCGUCGGCGAAAAAUUGCAGCCGCGAGAAGAAGAGCCUGUUUCAUCGGGCGGUGUUGCUGGAGGUGCGGAAGAUGUGUCGUAUGCUGACUACCACGACGAAGACAACUUCUAUGCGACCCAAACGAGGACAACUGCGUCCUUGCCGCACCCGCAAGAUGAACGCACGGGCACUGGAGGAUCUAGUCGUACAACUGCACUGGUCGAGAAGGAGAAGUUCUUGAUGCAGUCGCAAAAAAUUGAACCGGGUUCGGUUUCCAC